UCUGACAAAGAAUCAUAACAUGUCAUCAUUCCCCAUCACCCUCAUAAUCUUACUCAAAACUCAACUGCUCUUGGCUUUUGCAGUUGCCAUUAUUCUAUCCUCGCUCUUCUCUACUUAUAUUCACUUCUUUAGAACAGAAGAAAUCUUGAACUUUGUCCGUAACUGAGCAGACAACUAAAGCAGAUUGCCUUGGUAUCAAACUUUGCAUCUAUACUAGAUUCUGAUACUGAUCAUAGGAGUGUAAUGGCAGCAAAUGAUGUCCCGUGUUGUGAAACCAUGUUCUGGGUAUAUUUGAUCAUAUGUGUGGGACUAGUUUGUUUUGCAGGACUGAUGUCUGGCCUAACUCUUGGCCUCAUGUCUCUCAGCCUUGUUGAUCUGGAAGUCCUGAUUAAAGCAGGCAAGCCUGAGGACAGAAAGAAUGCUGCGAAGAUUCUUCCUAUUGUCAAGAAUCAACAUUUGCUACUCUGCACGCUCCUCAUCUGGAAUGCCCUCGCAAUGGAGGCCCUUCCCAUUUUCGUUGAUGCUCUUCUCCCAGCCUGGGGCGCAAUACUAAUUUCAGUUACACUCAUACUGGCAUUUGGAGAGAUUAUCCCACAGGCUGUGUGUUCACGAUAUGGUCUGAAUAUUGGUGCAAGACUAUCGGUAAUAGUUCGACUGCUAGUCAUAAUUGUUUUCCCAAUAUCAUACCCCAUUAGCAAGCUUUUGGAUUUGCUGCUUGGAAAGGGCCACUCUGCUUUACUGAGGCGUGCAGAGCUGAAGACACUGGUUGGCAUGCAUGGAAAUGAGGCAGGAAAGGGAGGAGAGUUAACCCACGAUGAAACAACAAUUAUCUCUGGAGCUCUAGACUUGACCGAGAAAACAGCUAAAGAUGCUAUGACACCUUUAUCUAGAGUAUUUUCCCUUGAUCUUAAUGCUAAACUUGACAAUGACACAAUGAGUCUGAUAAUAAGCAAAGGGCACAGUCGGGUGCCUAUCUACUCGGGGAGCCCAACCAACAUUGUUGGCCUUGUUCUGGUCAAGAAUUUGAUUAAGUGUCGUCCUGAAGAUGGAACCCCGAUCAGGAAUCUUACCAUACGGAGAAUGCCAAGAUUCCAUGAAUGUCAACCGUUGUACGAUAUAUUAAACCAAUUUCAGAAAGGGCAAAGCCAUAUGGCUGUUGUGGUUAAAAGUACUACUCCUUUGAAGGAUGUUAUAGUGAGUACAACUGUGAAAUCUGAUACAUUGAAGAGAGAUGUCAAUCCCAAUUCAGCACAGAGACAAACAGACAUAAAUGUUAGCGUUGAUGGUUUGGCUUCUUUCUCUAAUAUAGAUGAAGAAGUUCUUGGUAUAAUUACAAUGGAAGAUGUUCUGGAACAACUGCUACAGGAGCCAAUAUUUGAUGAAACCGACGAAUAUGUUGAUGUUCACAACAAAAUCAAGAUUAACCUGCUUCCCUCAGUGAAACUGUCAUCAAAAUCUCCGGGAAAGGAAUCAGCUUCCCAUAUAAACUGGAAGACCCCAAAUGCUUCCCCAUAUUCUUCUAGCCAUCAGACGCCAAUUUCAUACCAUCAGUCGGCCACAAUGCGCUCACCCCUUUCUCCCUACUCUCAGUCACCAAUCACCAGGCCAAGUCUUUCCGCUUCCCCUGGAAACUCAUCGUCAAAUUCUCCAGGGGGGAUCACGUAUCAUCAUUAUGGCUCUCCCUCCACCUAUCAGGUUUCCCGAAAAUCCUAUGAGAAGCUGCGAAAGCCAGACAAUUCAUAAUUCUAUCUUGUGAAGAUUACAAUAAGCAUUGGAUUAUUUCCAGGCCGUCCAGCUUAAAAGCUGCAUGCCCUGAUUGUAAGUCUAUAAGUUAAUGAUUCCCUUUGCAAACAUUUUGUUAUUUGAAGAAGAAAAAUUCAGAUUCCGGCUGCCUAUCUGACUGAGUCAUGACAAUCAAGAAAA